CGGAUUCGUCGAACCGAUCAGUACUCGCGCGCGAUCCGUCCGAACAACCCAACCCCGGUUGGUUGGCCUCUCUCGUCAUCUUCGAAAAUCCGUCGCGGACGAGGAUGAUGCGCGGAUAUCGUGUACGCGAUAAUCGACAACCGCGUCGUCCGGAUUUCGGACUUGACUAGAUCUCCUCUCCGAAGAGUGAAGAUCCGUUGGAUCCUUUGGAUCAGUGUGCGUUUUCGAACAGUGAGGGUGGAUGUACACCGACGGCGUACCUUGGUGAUAUCGGUGUUGCUAUGAUCGUGCCGCGUCACGUGGAACGAUCAUGAUUUACUUUAGGCCGCACGACGGGAGGAGUCUACGGUACAACGCGAACGCGAGACACUUGAACGUGCUCGUCGUGCCGCUCUUUCCGCUCUGGAUUAUCGGCGCAUUCUGCGUGAAAGACAUACCCAUAUCACACAUCGUGGCACUAGUCGGAGAUUCCGCCUAUCUUCCCUGCGACAUAUCAACCACUCACGAGGGAGACUCGGUGCAUCUUGUGCUAUGGUAUCGCGAGGAUCUCGGUACAUCAGUUUACAGCAUUGAUGCUAGAAACCGAGAAUUCGGUAUCGCCGAAAGAUGGUCGGACGAUACUGUGUUUUCGCAUCGCGCAUAUUUCAUGUUGGACAAGGAACCAGCGCUAUUGGGCAUCGAAAACACCAGAGAGGAAGACGCCGGUAUUUACAGAUGCCGCGUCGAUUUUCAAAUUGGCCAGACAAGAAACUCUAAAGUCAAUUUAACAGUAAUCGUACCACCGCAUGUGAUCGCGAUCAUCGACGAGAACGGGAACGAUAGGGUCUCGACGGUCGGGCCGUAUUUGGAGGACGACACUCUACGACUCUCCUGUGACGUCCAUGGCGGUAAGCCGGCCCCGACGGUGUCCUGGUAUCGCAACGACAAAUUCGUCACCAACCGGAUUACGAUAUUGCGCAACGGCGUGACACGCAGCGAGAUCGUUAUACAAAAUUUGAGCCGGGACGACGUCCACACGGUGCUGACUUGCAACGCCACGAAUAACAAUAGGUCGAUCCCGCUGUCGUCGUCGGUCCGCGUGGACAUGAAUUUCAACCCUCUGGAAGUGAAGAUAGCUCGUGCGAACCAGCCGCUGUCGGCGGGUAAGAACUAUGACUUGGUCUGCACAACUUCCGGCUCCAGGCCACCGGCCAGCAUCACCUGGUGGAGAAACGGUCAGCGUUUAGUGGAUUCCAAGGAGAAUACUUCCGCCGAUGGGAACACGACCACCAGCGUUUUAUCUUUCAUAGCGACGAAAGCAGACGCCGGUAGACACUUGUCGUGUCAAGCUGAAAAUCGAAUCAUGGGAACCGCGCCAAUAGAGGACGGCUGGAUACUCCAGAUACAAUACACGCCGGAGACGCAGAUCCAGCUCGGCACAUCACUGAAGCCCAACGAUAUACGCGAGGGCACGGAUGUAUAUUUCGACUGCCUCAUACAGGCCGAACCGUCGGUUUAUAAGGUGGAAUGGCGGCAUCAGAGCAAGGCACUCCAUCACAACAUCACGCAGGGUAUUAUAAUCAGCAACCAGAGCCUGGUGCUGCAGGGGGUCGAUCGCAAAAGCGCCGGCAAUUACACGUGCGUGGGAUAUAAUACCGAGGGCGACGGCGAGAGCUCGCCCUUUUAUCUCAACGUGAUGUUCGCUCCCACAUGCAAGCCGAAUCAGACCAAAGUCCACGGUGUGGCAAAACAGGAGAAGGCGAAUAUAUCCUGUCAAGUGGAUGCAAAUCCGCCGGAAGUGCAAUUCAAAUGGACCUUCAAUAACUCCGCCGAGAGUAUCGACGUUGCGGCAGGUCACAUAGAACGGGCCGGUACAUCCUCCAUCGUCUCAUACACACCAAUGACAGAAUUAGAUUAUGGCACGCUGCUCUGCUGGGCCAGCAAUCAUAUCGGCCAACAACAAGUGCCCUGCGUCUAUCACAUUAUACCAGCUGGCCGGCCGGACAUGGUCCACAAUUGCACAACCUCGAACACGUCGACCAAUUCAUUCUCCGUGCGAUGCACGGAGGGCUUCAACGGCGGCCUGCCACAAUCCUUCCUGAUAGAGGUACGCGAGAGCAACAGCCAGGAGUUGCGUGCCAAUGAAACGUCGUCGGUGCCGCGUUUCAGCAUCACGAAGCUGGAGUCGGGUGCCCUUUAUCAGGCUUGCAUUUAUGCUUACAACGACAAGGGUCGUAGCGAGGCGAUGGUGGUGCAGGCCGGCACUCUGAGGCUACCGGAGAAACAAUUGACAUCUGAGUCGGAACGACCAAGACAGAACAUCCGGCUGACACCGAUGUUGAGCGUGAUGAUCGGCGUGGUGACGGCCCUCAUCAUCGUCGCGAUCAUAGUGAUGGUCGUCUUACGUUUCCAGCACACGCACGUGGAGGAACAGAACAAGUCGCAGAUGGAGGAUCACGCGAAGCAGACGAAGGCCAUCCCUAUACAAAGGGAGCUACGAUUCCGAGAGGGAUGCAGUCUGCUCGCAGAUGAGAAGCAUCCCAGUAGCCCAUUCAGAAAGCUCGACACUAGCGGUGAUCUUAGCGAGAGCGAUGAAAAGAAUCCGGAUAUCAUUCCACAGCAAAUCACUGGCGACGAACCGUCGGAAUAUUUGAGAAAGAGACGUCUGGUAUCAACGAUUGAGACAUCACCAUCGAGGAGCCUUUUGGAACACUCGACGGUGACUUCCAUCAGCGGCCACAGCAGUUACGUCGGCUACUGUACAAUUCGCAACGGCAUGCCGCUGCACGAGUUCUCAAACUUGUCGACGAAGCACAAAAGCUUUCAGCCGCUGGUGGGCGACGUCUAUGAGAGUGGCGUUUGCACCCUGCCGAGGCAACACUGGCCCAGCCAGAGCGUACAAUCGAUGACAAUGAGUCCUCCGUUGUUAUACGCCGGUCUGGGUGUCGUCACCAGGACCUGCCCGAGCAGCAGUGCGCUCCUAACGAAGGAUUGUGAGACGCGGAUGCCCGGCCAAUGCUGUCUAACGGUUCAGUCACAGAAGGACGCGACGAUAGGUACGCCGAUAGUAAUGGCCAAGAGAGAGAGCUCCGUGUGACCCUACACCCACCACGGGGCCUGCACUUGCAGCGUGAGCGAACUGCUAUGAAUCGCGCCGUUUGUCAAUCAUGAGAUAGCUGUGAGUCCCGAACGACACAAGAACACCUAAAGGAUGUUUAUAGAAUAUUAUUAGAAUGUCUUUAUGCGCUAAAAUUGGAAUGUCUUUUGAAGGGCCGAAUAGUUAUUCUUAGACUUCUAAAGAACGUUUGAGACAUCUAAGAUGUUUAUUAUUACCUAGAUCCGAAAAUUAAGUCUCCGAAAAAAAAAAGAUCUUUGGAAGAUUCGUAAGGAAUGUCUUUUAAACUGGGACAUUUUUCAAACGCUUGUGCUGUUCGGGACGCUUCGGGCGUACGAGCCGGUUCGAGUUCGACGGAUUUACGUUUCCAUUCCGACAAAGCGUCACGAAUUUGCGCCUCUCUGUUGAAUCAAGUGCCCUUUUUAUACUGAAGAACGACGAACCGGCUGCUCCGCCGGCUUUUCUCACCUCGUGCGUAGCUUCGUGACCGUGCCCCGGUGGAACCUCUAUGAGCUUCUGCGGUGUGCUAGAGUGAGUUUACGAUGUGUGCACGCGCAAGCGAGAGAGAAAAGCUUGCCGUGCACACUCUUGUAUAUACCUCGAGACGCGGAGAUAUUUUGUACGAGUCGCGUAUAUUAACGGUUUAUUCCCACUUUUACUAUGAACACAACACUGUACAAUUUGUCUAGUCGAUGUAAGUAUAAAUAUGUAUAUGCGUUAAGUCGUGGAGGCGUCGGACUAGAAUAACGUACACUGAGAGGGAUGAUCAGCGCAUCAUUAUGCCAUCGCGUCAUCGUCUCGCGCGCGCGGUAUAAUUAUUUAUAACGUUGACAAUGCGGAAACAAAAAGAGAAUCGAGAAGAGUUGUGUCAGAGACAUAUCGUUUGUAUCUCUAUCGAUGAGAAUCGAGUCAAAACGUACGAAAAUCAGUGGCGGAGUAGCGGGACAAAAGAAAGGAAGAGGAAAAAGGAAUAGAUCAAUAUCCCCAUCGCGCUUCCGUCUCAGUUUGCAGUAUUCUGAAUUAUACGGUAAGAUCAAGUAUCUCUUGUACAAUGUAUAAAGUAACGACUUCCUUCGAAGUAAAUGUACUGAGUAUGAUGAACGUUGUUUUUCAAAGUCUUGAAUCUUAUUCUAUAGAGAGAGGAACGCGUUCCGGAUUACGGAGGCGUUCUUCCGUAACAUGUGGUAAUCGCGAUAGCACUUCUAACUUACUGCCUGUUUCGACGCUUGUGAAUCUUGUUGGUACUUCGUUCAGCAGAGGUUACCGCUCUUAGCCUCUUUGUAUUAUAUAGCUUUAAAAAGAAAAAAAAGGGUCACCAAGAAGGGGGCCUCGUCAUAUCCUCCGUACAAUACUGAGAUACUCUCGUCAUCGAUUGGAGUGACCCAAGGCGCGUUUCGCCCCCAAUUUGCGAAAGGUAAAAUAAUGAGAACUGAACGUGUAGCUUGAUAUCGAGCAGUCGACUGCUGGACGGUGCGUUUAAUAAGCUAUAAUAUUUUACGCGAGACGCGCGUGCGUAAAAGAAUCUCUUCUUUUUACGAGAAGUGAUAACCCGUUUUGCUUCGAUCUGUACAGAUUGAUUAUUGCGUACAGGUUUACGCUUCCUCGAUUGAUGCGACGAUCCUGCUGCGACUGCAAGGAUUCACGUGAGGAAUAGAAUGUAUUUUAUUCUAUAUAUGUGGCUGUGUGCGUAAUGCGAGAGAGAAAGAAAGAAAAUAUCUUUCUAAUAAUCUUUUGAUGUUCACUAUAUUUAAAUAAGAUCGAUGCGCUAGUAUAUAUGUAUAUCGUUCUAGAAUUCGACAAUGUAAUCGUAAAAUUGAUCUAUCGACGGAAUGAUUGCUAUAUUGCAUUUUUUUUUUCUGGCGUUAUAGCGGACAGCAUUCCAGAAAAAUAGGGCAAAGAUUUUUUAGAUAAAAUGAUUUUUUAAGUACAUUUCGAGAAUGGAAAAAAGUAUUUUUAUUAAAAAAAUCACAUUAUAUCCUUUUUAUAUUAAAAUUAUUAAAUCAUUUCAUCUCUGUAGUAGCAAAAUUAGAAUGAUUAAAUAGAAUCUCAAUUUUAUUUCGAUGCGGCGAUGUUAUAAAUGAAGUAAAAGUUUCGUUGAAGCAGCUCCCUAUUUGUCUAUCAGAUAGAAACUUCACAUAAAUUGACCAUAAACGGAAUGUAGGUUGUGACUAUUUGCAGUCGCGUCGUCGUGUUUCAGUCUGUUAUAUAUGCAUACAAAUAACUAUGCAGAAGAGACGGUCCUACAUGAACGAAGCAUAUGCGUUAGUAUGCGUUUCCAAAGGAAACGACGGACGAUGAUCGGGAAUACUUAGAAUUACUUGAUGUAUAAGAAACGAGACCAGUAAAAUCACGCUUCUAAGCGAAUCGUAAUGUCUCGAGAAAUUCUAAGCAAACGUUGUUUUCUCGAUCGUUUAGGCGUUACAUUACGUCAUUUCCGAGAGAUCAUUAAAAAUUAGACAAAUCGUUGAUUAUUAUUAUUAUUAUUAUUAUUGCCAUUAAUGGAAUUGAUGUCGGAAUAUUGUGAGUGUACAUUAUCGAAGAGAAUUUUAGUAAACGUUGAAACGCGCAGCCCAUUAUACAUUCACCCCCGUUCCCUCGUUCCCCUCCUCCCCUUGUUAUAACUUUUGCACACAUAAUAAUUGUAAUUGUGUAUACAGUAAAAAAAAACCGCUGUAACCAAAGAAGUUUACAAUCCGAUGAGAGGAAAACGUCACGAAAACAAACCGUACAAUAAAACCUGGAUUCAGACUGCCAAAGUUUCUACUCUAUAUUCGUGUGUGUCUGUGCGUGCAUGCGUGUGUGUAAUCACUACACGCGCACUAUAUUAUAAAAUCAUGUAAACUUUAUAAAUAAUAUCAAUUUUUUCUAACAGAAGAUAACAUGUUUAAAGAUGUCACA